CUACGACUGUAUAUAGAGCAGAUGGAGAGUGAGCUUCAUCUUAGCCAGGAGCAGAAUAGCCAGCUCACAGUGCAACUGCACAAAGCUAAGAGAGAGGUCAACUUCCUCUCUUGUGAAAUUGACAGCCUGAAGAAUACACAUAAGAUAGAGAUCACCAACAUCAAAAUGCAGUAUAUCUGCUCUAAAGAAGAGGUGGAGAGGGAGAGAGACACAUUGCAGGCAGAUAUGAAAGUGCUAAAAGCUGCAGAGGAGAAACUCAAAAAAACCCUGGUAAAGAAGGAGAGGGAGACAUUCAGGAGGGAGCAGGCUGCCAGUGGGGAAGAGAGCUGCAAAACAGUGGCUCUGCAAAGUGAAAAGUUGGAGUUGGAGAACCGUCUCGCUGCAUUGGAACAGCAGAUGGCGCUACAGGAUACUGCAGCUCAUGCUCAGAAGAAAGAGUGGGAGGAACAUCUUCGUGGUGCCCAGCAAGGUGAGGAGUCAGCAUGUAGAGAAGUGCAGAAACUGAGAACCAGACUUCAGAAGCAAAGCUCACAGUUUGAGGAGCUAAGAAAAACUCUGGACAGAGUCAGGGAGGAGCUGAGGACAACCAGAGGUGAAACUGACAAUGCUGAGAAGGAGAAACACAACCUGUGGCAGAAAUAUUCUCAUAUCCAAGAGAAACUGCAGAGGGAAGCAGAGGCCCAGAAGAAGAGGAAGAUGCUGACAGAAAACAAAGAGAAGAGACUGCAGGAUAAGAUCCAGUUGCUGCAGACACAGAUAGGAGAACUGGAACUGGAAGAUGCAUUUAGCCAAGAAACAUCGUUCUUAGAAGCUCAAAAUGGCAAACGGCUGAUGGAGUUACAGCGACAACACAACAUGUUUCAACAGAUCCUCCUGGACGGCCGGGCUCCUUUCAAUGGUAUGAUUGGAGCGGCUUUUCUCCACUAUUUAGAGCUUGUCCAACCAGCAGUGAGGGGGAUGUACAAAAGGAGCACACCUGAGAGUCUUGUCUUCUUUGUUCUCUCUGACCUCAGCCUGUGUUCAGCACCCUGA